GGACUUUCCAUCAUGAUUAGCAAGCCCACUAAGUAUACCGUAUGUAUUUUUAUGGUGCUUGAUACUUCAAUUUUCAUAGUAGAGUUUCAUGUAAUUUUCUCAAUUUUAAAAUUCUUUCUCUCUCCUAAAUUUUUGCUAAAGGUAAAUUGGCAAUUGGCUAACAUGGAAAAAACUAAUUUUAUCACUACGUGUUGUGUCCUUGCAUUUUUCAAUUUAAAUUUGUGGUUUUAUCUUUGUUCUUAUCUCUUUCUAACUUCCUCAAAAUUCCCUCCAACGUACAAUAGUUUGCGCCCCUUUCACUUCCCAAUACAAGGCCGCCUUUGAAAAUCAAUCAUCCGAUAUCUCUUGGCACGUCGGUUGUAUUGUUGCGGAUUUAAGUUGGAAAAGUAAAAGAGUUUAAUAAAUAAUGGAGUUGCAGAAGGAGGAUUAGAAAUUGAAUUUUUUUAUUGAAAAUAUCUCUUGAGAUUAAAAAAAAAUUGGCUGUACAAGGAAGAGUGGUGGCUAUUGGGUCUUAUGUUUAUGGUUUUUACAUCUGUCACAACCUAUUUUUGUCUUAAAACGAGCAAUCAUUGAUUGAUUUAUUGAAGUAGGUCGAUUCUUUAUUCAACCUACUGGAACUGAUAGACAAGGAGUGUCUAAUUUUGUGCCUUCUUACUUUGAUUGAGUCUAUUAGUGUGUUGGAGAUAACCCUAAUUUUGUCGUCUAUUCUCAAGUUUUGAUGGUCCCCUCUUAGCUUAGUUGUUAGUAUAUAGUUGACUUGAAUCAACAACUCUCUAUUUCUUUUUUAUUAGUGGCAUAUUGUUCAUAAAAGGAGCGCAUUAAACCCUUAUGUAGGAUUGUGAGAUUUAAGAUUUAGUUUCAAACUAUUUAUGGGUCGUGUGGAAUUUCACUGAUCUUUUAUACCCUCUUUCUUGAAAACCAACUAACCAAUAACAUUUUAACAAGGGCUUAAUUAACAUUAUGAAAAUGGAAUUAAUGAUACAUUUUAUAUUUUAUAUUCUUAAAUGAUGAUAGUAUUUCUCCGAAUGUUAAACUAUAUUCUUUCUUUAUGUAUCAUCUCGAUCGAAGGAUUGUCAAUAAAAUUAAACCGGUUGAUUGACUUAAAUGUAACAUAAAAAUAUAAAUAAUCAAAUAUGAAUAUUCCGGCCAAUGGGCCGGGUUAUAAGCUAGUUUAAUUAAUAAUGAGAUGCGGAAACAGCAACCCCAUUUCAAAUUCGCUGCUUCCAGAGCGUUUUGCGGAAGGUUAUUUUGGGGAGAAAUUGACAUGUCGAACUUCCGUAUUCGGCUUUGUUUUUUAUGGGCUUGCUUACUUUGUUGGGCUUCCUUCUUGACCCAGUAUGCUAUAUGUGUUGGGCUUCCAUCCUGUCUCAGUUUGGUAUAUUGUUGUGAAUAUUCACCCGUCUGUAGAGGUUAUUAUUUUUUUAUUUUCUGUUUUUUGCACGUCCAUUUAUUAUGUAACUGUCAUCGUCUUUUAGUUCUAUAUUAUUGUUUGCCAAAUUCAUCUCCUCUAUCCGCCAUGCUUCGAACUGAAUUUUGGUUUUCUAUUGUUUCGGCCCCAUCUACUAAUCUCUUAUGAUUGCUCAUGCACAAAAUCUUUAACGCCCCUCUCUUUCCCUUAUAUUUAUGUUUCAUUUUCUUUCUUCCGGGUUCUUAAAUGUCAAUCCCUGUUUAGUGUUCCAGGUAUCGUCAUCUCCUUCGAUUUAAGCUAUUUGGUAAUGUAUAUUGGAUUGGUAGUUUAAGCAAUAUCUAUUCUGGAUUCCAUCUAUUGUCGUCGCAGUAAGCGAUCAAUUUUUCGAUUUGUUCUGUUGCAUAUAAUAGGGUUGAAUAUUUAUAUGCGCUGGACUGGUUAUUUCAAUUAUACUAUGAACGAUGUCUGCAUCGUCCAGUAAUUCUGAGGGUAAUAAUCAAAUUGAGUAUGGCCAGUCGAGUACUCAAGGUUCAUUCUGCACAGCUCAAUUAUCUGGUCAUGGAGGUAUUUUUUAUACUGUCUGUGUUUUGCAUAUUACAUUUGUAUCAUUUAUGUUGUGCAUUGGGUGUUUGAAACAUUGUUCUGUUGUAAAGUUGGGUUAGACGUUGAAGCUCGGAGCGAUAUUUCGUAUUCACGGUCACAAAAGAAACGCUCCGUUGUACCAUGUGAGUUUAAAUAAUAUUAUUGUUUCAAUGUAGAUGUACAGUGGAGUUAUAUUGUCUUUUAUUUCGUAUCGUGGAUCAAUAGGGAAAAGGAGAGCAGUUUUUAUACAAAAUGAAGAUCAUCAGCACCGCUACGGUAUGUAUGUCGUGGAGGAAGAGAAAUUUGUUAAAGGUUUGUGGUGGUAAUGAUAGAUGUCCUGGUAGUUGAUCUUGAUAGUAUGAUUGAUGUACAAUAUAUUCUGUGCAGAACAAGCAAUGUUAAAGUCUGAGCUAAACCAGCUUAGUCAAAGCUUGGCUUUUGUUGCACGUCAAAGAAGAUGUGUUAUUCUUAAACGAAGGGGUCAUGUGAGGCGAAUGCGUAUUAAUAACAGAGGUUUAUUUAAUUAGGAAUGUGUUAUAUAUCAUCCUUAUGUUGGUGAACUGUAUCCGUUGGUCCGUAUACCUUGUUGUUGAUUUGUUUAUUAUUUUAAAUAGGUGUGGAAGUAACUUUUGCUUGGCUCUUGAGCAAACGUUCGAGAUUAAUGGGACGCAUUUAUCUACAUAGAAAGAGAUUUGGUCAUCUCGAUUUCCAGAAUUUAGUAUAUCGGAGUAUGUAUAUCCGAUUUAUGGACUAUAUAGAUUAUUUGUUACAUUUUCUUGCUUAUUGUUGUUUUCGAUAGAUAUUUGUUUAGGAGAUUAUUAAGUUUAUUUAUUCCCCUUGGUGUUACUAUUAUAUUUUUUUGUAGAGUUUGCUACUUUUUUUAUAAUUAUCUCUGUUGAUAUUUUAUUAGGUAUCCCUGAUGUGGAAUUUUUCAACAUUGGGCCGCCCCUAUGUACCUGUCGGCAUUGUGGAGCUGUUAUGUGGCGGUUGGAGAGUACGUUAGCCACGCGAAAUGAUAUGAUUCCUUCUUUUGGACUGUGUUGCAAGAAUGGCAAAGUUAAACUGUCAGGCCGUCGAGAUCCUCCUACUUUUCUUCUCAGUUUGCUUACUGAGGACAUUGCGGUGGCCCGUCAUUUUCGGCUACACAUUAGAGGUUAUAACGGCGUUUUUUGCUUGGUUUCCAUCUAUGGUAAAAUCAAUCAGUCUAUUAAUUGUUGUUUUGUGUUAUUAUACUUUGAAUUUUAAUUAGUAGUAGGAUAUUCAAACACAGGUUCGUACGGAUCACUAUUUCUUAGUGUCCAUCUCAAGUCUUAUGGGCACAGGCAUCCCAAGUAAUUAAGUCUUAUGGUUCUCCAUUAUAUGUAUAUGGUCUCUUCUUCGAUCUUAGGUGUUCAUUUUGUAUGAACUUUUAAUUUAAUGUUUCUAUUUAACGAUCGUGAUUAUUAGCAAGAACUUAUUGAUUCAAUUAUUUAGGUUCAUAAUAAAUCAAAAGAUGCUCAUGCUUUCAACAUCGAACCCACCGACAUAUUCGGAGCUCCUAACAGAAGCACUUGAUCUCUAGCUUUACGAAAUGAGGCCAUCAAUUGGAAUGGUCUUUUUAUUGGUCAUUGAACCUUUUUUUUGUACGGACACCUAGUAGGAUUGGUGAGAGGGGAAGUAAGGUUUGUUGAACGUGGUCUUUCUGGUCCAGAUCACAUCUACUAUUGUAAUCUGAACAAUAUAGUAUAUGAUAUGGUGCAUGAUCUUUAUUCUAACUUAUAAAAAACACAUCUAAUUAAAAAUAUGAAAGUUGUGGCUAUUAAUGUGUAUCUUGCCUAUUAAAUAAUAUAGCAAAUGAAUGAUAGUCCAUUAAUACAGAACAUGUUUAUUAUUAUUAAUAAUAGUUGUGUACUGGUGUCACAAUUUCGAAUGACAUAAACUACUAUCUUUUUUUCUUCUUUUCUUCGUCUUUUUGUCUCGUACUUAAAUUACUAUCGCUAUGACUGACAAUCGUUUUCCCAAAUUCAGGGGUGUCCCAAACCUGCCCGCAGGUCCACCCUUAUCACCUAGUGACACCAGAUAGCCGGUUUGGAACUGACCGAACAGAACAACUGACUCGACUCUACUGUCACUCCAGGAAUUGGCCAAGUGAAACCACUUCCUAAUGUGUAGUAUAGCGGGUUAGGUUUAUAUGUCAACCCGGGUCCUAGAUCUGAUGACUACUCAGUGAAUUCUUGUUAUCUAGCAAUGAAACUGGAAUGCAAGUCUAAACUAUCAAACUAACAAAGCAAGUAAACUGUUGUAUUCAGGUUAAAGAGGUCACCCGGAUAUGGUUCCCCCUAGACUGCAGUUAAGCCGGAUUGUAAUUACCAAGUUCAGUUUCUAUGAAAGUUAUACUGCGGAAGGUUCUUAAACAGCCUGAAGUCUCGACUAAAGGUCUUCAGACCCUCUCAAUCUGAAUCUCUAGCGGGCGACUAACCUCCACCGGAGUAGACAGAUUGAGGCCCUAAGAACGAAACCUCCACUACCGGAGUAAAUCCGGUACAGAAUAGUGAGUUGGUUCCUCGACUAAAGGCACCAACUCCCUACCUUCAAUCAAGGAUACUCUAUUAACCUAGGCAGAUAUUCUCAUUCUAGGUUAAAGCAGAAACAACAGGAAUUUGAUCAGGAUUCAAGUCAUUCAAUCAUUAAAACCUCAAUCGAAUAUAAUCAAUCAUAGAAUCAGUACUUGGGUUCAUACAAUCAAAGCCUAACAUACAAAUCUAGGGUUCUCCAUACCCAGAUGAAUGGGAGAACUACUCCAUGGAGAAAGAAGCAAAAGCAGAAUCAGACGCGAAAUUCAUACUGUGAAGGAUGGAUUCCUGCUCCUGGACGUUGAUUGGCACUCCUCCAAGCUCAAGCUGGCCUCCAAUGGUGAUGAAGAUCAAUCUAGGGCACUUGGAGACUCUUGUUCGUCGCUUUCUCUCUCUAGGAAUCGUUCUCUCUCUCAAAAACUCGAAUCCCCCUUGACUUGUGGCUGAAAUUCUGCUUAAAAGGAGAAAAUCCCGACUCACACGGCCAGGGUGGCACGGCCGUGCAGCUCCCCUAGUUGCCCGUGUGAGUCAAAACGCAGCGUAUCAUUUAGUUGAAUUUCAGGCUCUUUGCACGGCCAGAAUGCCACGGCCGUGUGAACUUCCCUUCCUGCCCGUGUUUGCUCUCGCAGAAUGUGGCACGGCCAACCCGGCCACUUGCACGGCCGUGUGGAUCUUCUGCUCUGCCCGUGUGUGCUCUCGGAAAAACUCGCACGGCCAGGCCAUUCCUUCACACGGCCGUGUGAACAUCAGGGUAGCCCGUGUGACCUCCUUUGUAACUCGCCUCGCGCCCGAUCUUCGCCCAAUCGACCCCGAACUCGCUCCUAAAUCUUCAUUCACUUGCCAGGACCUGAAAUAUCACAAACAAGCACAACCUAGCAUGAAAUCGGUCUAAAACACGAGAAACCACAUCUCAAACGGUGUAAGAACAGGGGUGAAAACAUGUGUAACUAACGGUCUAUCAAACUCCCCCACACUUAACCGUUUGCUUGUCCCCAAGCAAACCUAACUCAAACCAAUGCAACUCUACAGACCUCUAUAGCAACAAACAACCCAGAUCGUAGGUAGAGGACUUCCUAGAUCAUUUAGCAGCUUACGAGGUCAACCAACGCACAAGUCAUCUCAAAGCUUCUUAUCGAGCCGGCAUCAUGGCAAAUAGUGAACAGAGGACAAAUGAAUCAUGGAUGAAGAGAUUCUCAAAAACAAAGGAUCAUGGACUCA